AUGGUAUUUAUACGUGAUUUAAAACGUGAAUUUUUUGAAUUUAUUUCUAAACAACAACGUCGUUUACUUGUCUUUGUUCAUCUUGAUGUUGAUAGUUUAUGUGCUUGGAAAAUAUUUCAACAUUUAUUACAAUGUGAACAUAUAACAUAUACAUGUUUACCAGUUUUAUAUAAAUAUGAUUUAGAAAAUGGACAUAUACAACAUAUUAAUAGUGGAAUUAAAUCAAUUGUAUUUAUUAAUUGUGGUUCAACACUUGAUUUAUAUGAUUUUUUAUCACUUGAUUCAAUUGAACAAAAUAAUAAUAAUAAUAAUAAUGAUGAAAAUAAUUUAACAUUAUUUGUCUUAGAUAGUUUACGUUCAAUUGAACAUCGUAAUGUUUAUGAUGCUAAACAAAUUCGUAUACUUAUUUUACCAAAUAAAAUUGAUAUAGAAAAAAAACGUGUACCACAAUAUGAAGAAUUAUUUCAUGAAAUAUACGAUGAUGAUGCGAAUGAUAAUGAUGAUAGUCAAAGUGAUAAUGAUGAUGAUGAUGAUGAAAAUAGUACAAAUAUAAGAAUUGAAAGUACAGAAGCACGAGAAAAAAGACUUAAACGACAAUGGUUAAAAAGACGUGAUAAAGCUUUAGCUAAUUAUUAUAAAUAUCGAACACAUUCAUAUUCAUCAGCAUUAAUUAUGUUUGAGUUAGCUUAUUUAUUAUCAAAAGAUACAAAUGAACAAUUAUGGUACGCUAUUAUUGGUGUUACUGAACAAUUACUUCAUGGACGAAUUGAUCGUGAUUAUUCUUCAAAGUCAUGUUCUUCGUCUUAA